GACCCGGGACCGGUGCCCGAGCGGUCGCCCCGCCGCGCCCUCCGCCCGCCGCCAUGGCCGACGCCGGCGAGCUGUGCUCCCAGCUGAGCGACCUGGCCGAGCUGAGUGAGCUGCCCGAGCUGCGCUCGGUGGCCGAGCUGUCGCCCGUCUCCGACCUGUUCCCGGACGCCGAGCUGUGCGUGGCCGAACUCUCGCCGAUGGCCCACCUGCCGUCCGCAGAUCUGGAGGCGGCCAUCGAGCUCGACAUGCUGGAGACGACGCGCGGCCCGCUGCUCUGGACGGGCACGGCCGUCGGUGGUGGCGACUCGCGGCCGCUCAGCCUCCGCAACAACUCCGACUCCGAGACGCUGAGCAUCGCGCUGGAGAUCGCCGACGGCUCGGUGUUCCAGUUCCAGGGCGACCAGCCGGGCCGGGCCCUGGAGCUGACGCUGCCGCCGGCCACCGAGAGGCGCGUGCCGGUACUGUUCGCCCCGCCGGCCGCCGACUGUUACCGGGACUCUGUGCUGGUGCGCAAGGCCGCCCAGCCGACAGGACUCGCCGCCGUGAUCCCGCUGUGCGGCUAUGGCGGCGCCGCCAACAUCCAGGUGUGUCUGAACACCCGCCAGCCGACGGCCGGCCUGACGCUGCUGCUCAACAUGACGGCGCCGGACGGCUCGCUGCUGGCCGGCCUGAUGGUCGCCAACCGCGGACCGCGCGCCGCCUACGUCCGCCUCUUCGUCUGCACAGACUCGACGUGCCGGGAGCGCGUGCCGGACGGUGCGGCCACCGCACUGCCGGCGCGCUGUGUGGUAGCCGCCGGGGAGACCCAGCAGCUGACGGUGGCCGUGCCGCCGAGCCAGCCGGCCGCCGCCGCCGGCCUGGCCGUCUCCGUGCUCUGCGGGGACGAGGUGCUGCGCCGCGAGCUGCGCCACGCCUGGCCGACGGGCGCGCCGGCGCUGCAGCGGCCGCGCGGCUUCCUCCAGCUCACCGACUUCCAGGAAACGUUUGAUGGCGAGCUGCAGGACCUGUGCUCUGACGUGCCGCUCGGCAUCCCUCCGAACAAGCUGGAGGACGUCUUCUUCAGCAACAUGAGACAGACCAAGCUGCCGCUCCUGUACCCGGAGGGGGCCGGCGGAGCGGCGGCGACGGCGGCAGUGGCCGGCCCGUCCGGCCGCGGUAACCUGCAGGAGCUGCAGCCGGCCGCUGUGCCCCGCACCGUCACCGUGGGCCGAGCGGGUAGCUCCACGCCCGUCAGCCCUCAGCGAGCCGCGGCGGGUCCCAGCCUGGCUCCGGGCGGCUCCCCGCGGCGCCCGUCGGCCUCUCCGAGUCGCACCAAGAGCAGUCCGAGGAAGCGCGGCCCGCCGCUGGCCCCGCCGCCGCCGCCGCCGCCCCCUCCGCCGCCGCCGGCCGCGGAGGACGAGGACUGGUGGCCGGACGGGCCGGGCGCCGAGCGGGUGGUGGCUACAGACAGCGGCCGGCCGCGGCUGCGCCUCUCCACCGACCACCUGCUGUUCCCGCUCACGGCGCUCGGCGUGCCUAGCGAGGCCGCCCUGCAGCUCACCAACCUGGGAGAGGACGUGCUCACCUGGAACAUACUCGGCUACAGCGUGCCCUACCUGGUCAAGGGCGCCCACCCGGACAAGAUGAAGAAGUGCGGGUACGACGUGUUCAAGAUCCGUCCGAAGGAGGGUGAGGUGGCGUCUGGGCAGACGGUGUCUCUGCAGGUGCGGUUCAGCCCGCCGUACCCUGGGAAGCUGACGCAGCACUUCCAGCUGCUCUGCAAGCCGGCCAAGGAGCCUGUGGGUCAGCCGAUGGUGGUGUACACGGUGCCAGUACGGGUCUCGGGCCGCGGCAGUGUGCUCGAGGACGGGGAAGACGAGGCGGACCUGCUGACCACUCCGCUGCACGUCUCCAGCCAAAGCUUCUACUUCGACCACUGGUCCAUGUGCCACAAACUGGACGUGACCAACAAAACCUGCGAGGACUUGGAUGUGGACUACCACGUGACGGGUCCGUUCAAGGUGGUCUCGGGGCCCAACGAGCGCACGCCCACCGAGCUGACCGAGGGCCGGCUGCUGGCGCCGUCGCAGCGCUACGUGCAGAUGUCCAUCUACUUCUGUCCGGAGGCGGUGGGCCAGUACACCGGCGAGCUGCGCCUCUGGCUCGGCCACGCGCCCUGGAGCCACCUGGUGCAGCUGGGUGGCAACUGCCGGCCCGGCGAGCCGGAGGCCCUGCGCGACACACAGCUGGCCGGCGGACUGUGAGUAGACGACCGAGGCGCGCCAGCGCUGCGCCGGCGCCGAGCCGCCAGUACUGCCGGGCUGCCGCCAGCGGCCGGCGACCCCACAACGACCUCCCCGCGACCCGGGCUGCUGGCGACCCCACAGCGACCUCCCCGCGACCCGGGCGGCGGGCCGGGCCGGAGCCAACCAAUCUGAUGCAUUUCAACGGUUGUAACUGUAAAUGUCCCUUUUGUAUAGUGGUUUUUUAAUCAUCGGUGCGCAUGCACAACAAUAACUGGUUUUCCAGGGCGCGCGAGAUUUGACCUUCCAAUUGCCAUAUCACCCUGUUCAUCAAGUAGAUGUUUUUGAUCGCAUGCCAUUUUUACUGUAGCUUUUUAACGACAUUUUGACAUCAUGUGUGGACGCCGAUCUGAUGUUCGCUCGCCGGUUUUCACGAUUCAUUGUUUCGACAUAGGCUGUGUGAGAGGGUCGUUGGGGCAGCUGUUCGCUCGCGCAGCUCGCCCUGUACAGUUUUCGUCCUGGCUGUUUGGUGGCAGCGCGCUGGCGCCGCUGACUUGAACGCUGGUUUUUGUAGUGGCAGGGAAUGAACCGUUCUUGACGCGAUAAUUUCGGCCCCCAAAAUUGUGUAGUCCCUGGAGUGUUUUAUGAGGCAGUGUAGUAUUUGGUGGAGGUUUCGGAUUCCCUGCCUCAUGAAUUGGAAAUGCGUAGUACUUACUAGUAGUAGGAGCAUUUGGACUAUCUCCUUGUCUUUCGGACCUAAAUUAACCC